AACCUAUGGCGUUGCAUUUGUUUUGUUUUCCAGGAUGUAAACAUUAACAUAUCAGGUUCUUCUUUAAAGGUUUGAAUAUUCAAAUAGAGUCUAGGUGCUAAAACAAGAUUCAACAUCAGGCACUGAGCAUUUUGACUCCAUAUAAAAGGAGAAAACCAGAUUGUUCAUCUAAACACACAGAGUAAAUAUGCAGCGGAUACUGUUUCUUCUUACUGUAAUGGCUCAGAAUUUUCUGACAGACUGUCAGCUCUAUGAGUUUCACUACAUUAAUGAGAGUAAGAACUGGACUGAAGCUCAGCAGUACUGCAGAGAGAAACACACUGACCUGGUCACAGUGACUAACAUGAAGGACAUGAAGAGACUCAUCAACAUGUCAGAUGGAGAUAUAAAGGAAGCUUGGAUUGGUCUGUAUGAUCAAACAAAUGGUACCAGAACAUGGUACUGGUCUCUGCCUGGAGUGGAGUUCAAUGAAAGUGAGACAAACUGGGCAACAUAUGAAUCAAAUGUACCAAAAGAACCAAAUAAUGUCGGACCUGAAGGCCAAAAGUGUGGGAUUAUAUGGAAAGAUGGCCCUCUUUCUUUCAAGUGGGGAGAUUUAUUCUGUAAUGAGAAGAAUAAUUUUAUCUGCUAUGAUGAAAAUAAUUCAUCACAGAAAUAUCACCUGUUCUCUGAAUCAAUGAACUGGACAGAAGCUCAGAGUUACUGCAGAGAGAAACACACAGACCUGAUCAGUGGAUUGAAGCAGCUAAAGGAUGGAGAAGAGAUCAAUGGGUUAAAUGUAAUGACUGCAAAUUCAGAUUACAUCUUCAUUGGUCUGUUCAGAGACACCUGGAGGUGGUCAGAUGGGAGCAAUUUCUCCUUCAGACACUGGAAUCUACAGUUUAAUAAUCAGAAACUCAACAGUGGUCAAUGUGCCAUGACUGUGUUUGAUGAUGGAGGCAGAUGGAGGAAUGAGAACUGCACUGAAAGAAAACCCUUCAUCUGUUAUGAUGAUCAGGGGUGCUCAAGUCCAGUCCUCGAGAGCCACCAUCCUGCAACUAUCAGAUGCAUCCCUGCUCCAACACACCUGAAUCAAAUGAAUUUCUGUGGUUUAAGAAAAAUGAUAAUGAGAAGUUUAACUUCAUCUCUUCUGAACAUCCAGCAGGAUAAUAAGUGAUGUACUGUACUCCACUUGUUCUCACAUUCUUGUAUAUAAAAGCUGAUAAAUGUAGAAAAGGAGUUGAUUUCACAUUGUA